AUGCUGUGGUGCCUGGUAGGGACCUGCUACCUCCCUGUUGGUUUGUUCAUUUGGUCCUGUUUUGCCUUCAUCAUUUCCUACCUGAUCGCUGUCCUCACUCAUCACGUCGCACCUCUGGUGCCAUUCAUCAGUGACACAGGGACGCGAAUUCCAGAAAGAUGUGUUUUUGGAUUGAUGAUAAACAUCUCUGCUUUCCUGGGUGCAGCCACAAUGUAUGUUCGGUUCAAGUUUUUGAAGGCUUUAAACAAAGACAGUAAUUUAAUCAUUACAAGGCUGAAUAACGCUGGCCUAGGGUUUGGCAUAAUAGGCUGCAUUGGAAUGUGCAUUGUAGCAAAUUUCCAGGAAACUGACAUGAGAAUAAUUCAUGAUAUUGGAGCAUUUCUGUCCUUUAUCAUGGGUACCGUCCACCUAGUGCUGCAGACUGUCAUAACCUGCAAAAUGAGACCACAUUGCCACAGUCGCCUGGUGUGUUGCUUUAGAUUGGCACUGUCCAUCAUUUCUGUGGCAUCCAUUAUCCCUAUGAUUGUGUUAUAUGGGCUCAGCUACAAAACAAAUGCAACAAUGAAGCAAGGAACCAAGAUACACAAUUUCCGUACAGCAAGUGCAGUGUUUGAGUGGAUCGUUGCCCUUAGUUUUAACUUCUUCUUUUUAACAUACAUCAGAGAGUUUCAGGGAUUCAGUUUUAGAAUGAAUGCAGUAUUACCUCAAGAUGACUGAAAUUAACCAAAUGAUGGAUUUUAAAAGCAGUUCACUUAACCCUUUCCCUCCUGGAUGUUUUCAAAGGACCAUUUAUGCUGGAAAUGGCUAAAAGGAAAGUAUCACUAUCAGGACCCUUUCUACGGGUUUAUAGGAUUUUGUAAGAGUAUGUAACCUCCUUUGCCCAUUUUUGCUUUGAAAAUACCCCAGACCAUACAUUUUUUAUGGUCAGGAAGACUGAUUUUCCGCCAUGGUGCUGGGAGGCGACAGACAUCCACUCAGCACUCGGUCUGCACAGUCCAAUUGACACUGGGGACUGAUCUUGAGUCUCACUACCCUCUGCCAAUAUGCAGCCAUGUCCCAAAAUGCUGCACCGCCACACCACUUACCACAGUUACCCUGUCAAUCAGCUUCAAAGAACUAUCAUUGACAUCAACAAAGGAAUAUAAGAAAAUGCGGAAUGAGAAAGGACCAUUCUGCACAACAAGCCUGAUCUUUCCACACAUGGAACAUUUUGCUCUUACCCUCGUGCUAGCAUCAUUAAUUAGUGAGUGUUUGUUUACAUAUGUCUAUAACUGUCCCUAUAGCGUUCAAUCCCAUUCUCAAUCAGAUAUUUAUCCAGUUCUUCUUUAAAGUAGUCAAUCGCCAUUGUGUGUGCUAGUACUAUUCAUUCUGUUUUCCCUUUCUUUAUAACACAGACAUGUUGGGCCAACUAAUUCUGUACUAUAAACAUUCUAUUCUUUGGAAAUAAUGGUUACAUGUAGUAUGGGAAGAGACAGACAAGAACAUGACGCACUGAGACGCGUCUUCAUGACACUGCAUAGGAGGAAUUCUGUACAAAAGGCUUGUUCCCUAACUCAGUCAGACUCGUAGUUUAAUGUAAGGGGCAAAUGAGACAUAUUUGUAAGGGUACAAACAUCUCUCCUUAUAAAUGUACAAAUGUAAUUUUGUUGUUAUUGGUAUUAUAAACUAGCACUGAUAAAGGGCUAUUCAGUGAAAUCUACUCCACCGUUAAAGUGGAUGAUAAUUCUCCGUAACGGUUUAGUUUUUAAAAUGAAGUCUCGAUGGUGACAUUGAUAAUUCAUUAUUCACGAAUUAUUUUUAAUAGUCAUUUGAUAGCAGAUGUUUACAAUGAUUAAAUGUUUAGUUUUUUCUGCACAUUUAAUUUAUGAAUAAUGAUGAAUAUAAUCACCUUAAAUUCCUCUGCUCCAACAAUAACAAUGAUUUAAACCAUUUAUUUAAAAUGAGAUCACAGUAACUUCAGUGUGGCCAUUAUAUCUUCACCAUAUUGAGGAUAGUUUUAUACAGACUGAACAUUCCAUUUCUGUUUUCAAUUGCUCAUAUUCUUAAAGUAUCAAUGUAACCAAUGACUGCCCAACUCUUGAUUUUCUUCCUGUUUAAAAUAACCUUUGUGGAAUUAUGCUGAAUCAAAUCCACAUCAGAAUACUCAAAAUCUAUCCACCAGGGCUCUGGCUGCUACCAAACUAACCUGAGAUACCUUAUGUGCAUUGGGAACCAGAUAGUAAACAAUUUGGUCUGGAGACUAGACAGUUAUGUUACAGACAUCAAGUCAACAUUGUAGUAGAAAAAUGUGAGCCAGAGACUGAACUCCGACUGCUGGCUCAAAUUAGUUCUGACUCUAGGCUUGGAAAGAGUAAAGUAGACUUCUGUGCUUGCACUCAAGCGCAUGUACAGAGCUCCAGUAACAGGGGCACACUGGGUAUACAGGCAAUUUAUCUGGAAUACUCCAGCUAAUGGAAGCUGGAAUGAUUUGAGGCUGCCUCUGAAACAAAGAUUGUACAGUACUUCAAAGUUUGCCUUGAGUCAAUGCAAACGCGGCAUUGAUUUGGUGUCAUCUUUACAGUGGAGCUGCAGCAUUCUAAAAUGUAUUAUAGUUUUGGUAAUGUCACAGAACUAAAAGAGCAAUGGUAAAAACUAGUUGAAGCUUCUCAAAACAAAUGUUACCUUUACCAUUAAAUAUCACAAAGGAUUAGAUUACUUUGUUAAGGUAGACUGGUAAAAAUGAAAUUAGCCAGCUUUUAAAUAAUUACUUUUGUCAUGUAUUAAUUAACAUAUUUUGUGUCUAUAUAAAUAAGCCAUUUAAUAUAUUUGUAUGAACUUGCAGUGGCCUUUUCUAACAUACAUUUGGUGGAAUUUUCUCUUCAUUUGAAAUAAGAGAAUUUUUCUUACCCAUGUUUUAUACAGCUAAACUACACAAUCAUGAAUAUUACUGUGUUACUUGAAUCCUUGAAUACGCAGUUUUGAUAUAAAAUAUUAUUUUUGUCAAUAAACAAUAU